AUGGUUCGGGAAUUGGCGCGUUACAAGGUGGAUGACGCUGCACUCAGAGAGACCCGGUUCUCUAAGCAAGGUCAACUGGAGUAGAUGCGAGCCGGCUACGCCUUCAUUUAAAGCGAUCGUUAUAGGGCAGAGCAACGAGACGCGGGUGUCGCCUUCGCCAUCCGGGACGACAUCGUGGGACGACUGCCCAGCCUGCCGCAGGGCAUCAACGAUCGCCUGAUGAGGCUCUGUCUGCCUCUCCGGCGGGGGGGAGGCAAAUUCGCCACCAUCAUCAGCGCCUACGCUCCCCCGAUGAGCAGCCCUGACGCCGACGCAAGAGAAAAAUUCUAUGAGGACCUGCACGCCAUCUUGUCGACUGUGUCGAAGGCGGACAGGUUGAUUGUCCUUGGCGACUUCAACGCCCGCGUCGGCACAGACCAUACUGCCUGGAGAGGAGUGCUGGAUCCCCACGGUCUCCGCUGCUCCAACGGACUGCUGCUGCUACGCAUCUGCGUAGAACACCGCCUCAUCCUGAUGAACACGCUCUUCUGUCUGCCGGAGCGAGAAAAGGCCAUCUGGCGGCAUCCUCGGUCGCGUCAGUGGCACCUGCUGGACUACGUACUCUUCCGGAGGCGAGGUCAGCGGGACGUGCUGGUGACGAAGGCGAUCACGGGUGCUGACGGUUGGACCGACCAUCGCCUCGUCAUCUCGAAGAUGCGUAUUCGCCUACAGCCUGGCAGGAGACCACAAGGUAAGCGACCCCCAGGUAAGCUGAAUACUGCCUUGUUGUCUUUGCCUGCUCACCAUCUGCACAGCAGCAAUGGGAUAGCUCAACAGCUAAUCAGAUUUCCAGUCGUCGUCGCCGUUGACGAGAACGCCCCCGUGAAGCAACAAUAGUGUCAACUACGGGGCACACUCCGGUCGACAGUGAUGACUGUCCUCGGUCACAUACGACGCCAACACCAGGACUGGUUAGACGACAACGAGGCCGCCAUCAGCAGCCUGCUCGCCGAGCAGGACUGCCUACAAAAAGCCUACGUAGACCACCCCACAGACGACAAAAUAACAGCCAUCUACCGUAGUCGCCGCCCUGUGCAACAGCAGAUGGGCGAUAUGCAGGACGCCUGGACUGCUCUCAAAGCCGAGGAGAUCCAAGGGCACGCGAAUCGCAAUAAAUGA